AGCUCGCUCUUGUUUGGUUCUCUGUUCAGUAUCCCGCGUUAAUCUUGUGUCAACUAAGGGCUGUCGUUUGCCUUCUUGAUGAUUUUGAGUCGAGACUCUGCUUGCUUUCCAAGUUCCUGUUUGUUUUUCUUUUUACAUGUCAGUCCUGAAUCCAGCUGGUGAGCCUCUUCCUGUCAGAAAUAAGCCCCCUUGUCCUAACAAUGUUGGUGCAGUUUGCACGUUCACAACUGCUAACGAGAUUUUCUCCCGUCCAAGGUGCACCUUCCUUCACGUCCAGGACUUCCUGGGAGAUACCUGCGAACUGGAUACACACAAAUUUGGAUUCUAAAAUGGUCCUUACGUUUGACGGUGUGAUUGAUGGAGAGGGGCCAAUUUCUGCUCAGUACCUUGAAGUGAAUUCCAGUACCCAGAAUUCCCAGAAGCAGUACCUGGAGCUCACCAAUGGAAUAUUCCUCAACGAGGUUAUGAGGGUCAUUGACCCAAAUCCGAAGGUGGAACGAAUAUAUUGGGAAGAGAGCAACGAUGAGGUUCUAAGGGUCCAAAACUUCUCUGUUCUGAACCGACACCUGCGGUCCUACUAUCAGGAGAACCUGCAGCAGUUAAUUUUGGUGCCCCUCCCAAAUGUUGCUGUAUUGGGAAGAGACCCCCUCACAGAGGCGGCUGUGGAGGAGCUCAGGAACUUGCUGCUGCUGCUGCUGGGCUGUGCCGUGCAGUGUGAGAGGAAGGAGGAGUUUAUACAGAAAAUACAGGGUCUCGACAUAAAGACUCAGGCCGCCAUCGCCUCCUGCAUUCAGGAGGUGACCCAGAAUCCGAGCAAUGUGCUGCCCCUCCAGUGGGGGGAGCUGUAUACCCUGGAGGCGAAUGAGCUGCAGAGUGUCUUCAGCUCCAUGGCUCAGCACAUCCAGAGCCUCCUGGCCCAGAGGGACACUCACCUUGAGCGGAUUGCGGAGCUUUGUCAGGAGCACGAUGCGGCCAGGGGAAACGCCCCAGCGAUGACCCCAAACAGCCACCCCGAUGACACGCCGCAGGGGCUAGCUGUGCAGCUGGCGGACAGUCGCGCCAAACUGCGCCGGCUGCGGCAGGACCUGGAGGACAAAGGAGAUCAGUUAUUGGACUACAAGCAGGAACUGCAGGCUAUGGAGGCGGAGCUUAAAAAACUGCGUCAGGAGAACCGCGCCCUUCAGGGAGAGCUGCGCGUAUCACGGGGUCUGCGCGACGAGCUCGACUGCCUGCGUGAGCGCGCAGCUAAGGCAGACCGGCUGCAGUCUGAGCUGCAGAACUGUGCCCACCGCCUGCGCAGUUUGGACCUGUACCGCACACAGCUGCAGGAGCAGCAGCAGUACUGCGCUACGCUUCAGGAGACGCGGGCCCUGCUGGAGGAGCAGCUGGGGGAGACUCGGGCUCGCUGCUCCAGCCUCCGUGAGCUGGAAAGGGACAAUCUGCUGCUGCGCCAGAGGCUCAUCGACCUUGAGGCAGAGAGGGACACGGAGCGGCACAGGGUGGAGGAGAUGCUGGAGAUCAACAUGAGCCUGGAAGCUGAGCUGAAGCACAGCCAGGGCCAGAGCCGCAGGGCAGAGCGCCCCCUUGUGGAGUCCGAUGAUGAGCUCGGGCACGAGAAUGAACCAGGGAUCCCUUCGGCUCUGGCUGGCUUGGACCUGAAGCCCCUCAGCGAGGAAGUGAGCGAGGCGUCGUCCUGGAGACUCUUGGGGGCCGAGCACGAGAACAUGGAACUGCGCAGGCGCCUGGAGCAGCUGCAGGCUGAGCGAGAGGCCUGUGCAGACUGGGCAGACCCUGCGCAGGUGUCUUCGACUGAUCUGCUGGAGGAGAAGGAGAAACUGAAGGGAGAGCUUCACAGAGAGACAGACAGACUGAUCACACUGGAGAGUAAACACCAGGACGUGGUGAAGGAGCUCCAGAACCUGAAGGAUGAAAAUGAACGCCUGAAAAUCAGGUUGGAGUCAAUGAGUGUGGAAAAGCAGGAUGAGAAAGGAGGAGGGCAAGGGAAAGCAGAGAAAGGGCUCCCCAGGGAGGUGGGAGAAGGAGGCCAGGAGAUGGAGGAGCUGGCAUUCAGGAAAGAGAAGCCAGGGAAGGAGCGAGAAACCGGAGGUGCAGCGGAGGGGGUGGGGAUGACACGUGAAGAUGGGGAAGGAGAGGAAGUGAUGAGUUUGAAAGAGAAAAGAGAAGAGGUGAAGAGGGCGAGAGAGAACCGGGGGGAGCUGCAGGAAAUCUCCAGAAAAAGAGAAGAUGGAGAAGGAGAGAAGGAGGUGGACAGAACAAACAGACUGACAGAAAAGAGAGAGGAGGACAGAGAGGGGGAGGUGCAAAGGACAAAAGAGAGCAAAGAAGGACGGAGGGAGGCUGGACGGCUCACGGAGCGAGAGAGGACGGAGGGCGAGGAGCAACAGGAGAUGCAGGCAGAAAGCGGGGAGGCCGAUGAGGAGCUCUCCUCCCUGGCCCUGCAGCUGCAGCUGGCACUCCAGGAGGUGGCGCAGCAGAGCCAGGAGGCCGAAAGGCAGGCCGGCUUGGUCCAGGAGCUGCGCGCCAAGCUGGCGGAGCAGAAUCGCAGGGCCGCCAGCGCCGAGCAGCGACUGAGCGUGCUGGAGGUAGAGGCGCAGCGGCUGAGGAAGACUGGCGAGGGCCUGGUCCAGGCCAGGAAGCAGAUCGAGGCCCUGCAGUCAGAGUCCGAGCAGGCCGAUGAGGAGCUGAUGCGCCUGCGGGCGCAGCUGGAGCUGCAGAGGCUGGAGGGGGCUGUGGCUGCGCAGCUGCAGGGGGAGCGAGCGCAGCUGGAGCGGGAGAGAGACAGCCUGCGCUCCACCAUCGACUCGCUCCGUGCCGCUGUCCGCAAGGGCGACCAGCUGGAACUGGCCAACCAGACGCUGAAGGCGGAGCUAGAGAGGCUGAGCCGCAGCUCAGAAGCAGCGCGGCGGCGGGAGGAGGAGCUGCAGGCGGAGCUGCGGGAGGCGGGCCUGGAGGCGGAGGCUCUGGGGCGCCGGCGAGAUGAGGCCACGCUGGAGGCCUCGCGACUGGAGCAGGAGAAGGAGGCGUGCCUGAGCCAGCUGGAUGCACAGCAGCGGGAGCAGAGGCAGCGGGAGCGGGAGCUGGGCCGCCUGAGGCAGCAGCUGGAGAGCACAGCCUCCGCCCUGGAGCACAGCAACCAGAGGGCCUGUGGCCUGGAAGCCGAGCACAGGCGAGUGUGUCAGGAGGUGUCUCAGCUGAAAGAGGACUGUGCUCAGCUCCGAGAGCUGGAGGAGGAGAGCAGGCAGCUGAACGCACAGGUCGCAGACAUCAGGACCCAACUGAGCACGGUGAGUCAGGAAUUGGCCAAAGAGAAGAUUCUGUCACAGGAACUGGCCAAUCAGCUAGCUAGUGAGAAGAUGCAAUCCCAGCAUAUUGUUUGUCAGCUGGCCAAUGAGAAGCUGAAAUCCCAGGAACUGGACAGUCAGUUGGCCAAUGAGAAGAUGCAGGUGAAGAAGCUGUCCAAUCAGCUGGCAGAGAUGCAUGAGAAGCAUGAGAGACUGGAGGCCCAGUGCAAGUUGUCAUCAUUCUCCGCUGAGGACACGGGUGUCCAGAAAGGAGGAUCUGGCGGUGACACCUCGCAGAUUUUGCCAGGAGCCGCUUCCACAGAAGCCCAUGACCAAGACACCAGAACAGAUGGGGAAACAGACCCGGAACGGGAACCUCAGAAACAGAGAGAAUGUGUGUCACUCCCUAAGGCUUUGCAGGCUGUUGAGCAUCAGCUGUCGGGGAGCCAAGACAAGGCCGCUGAUGUUCCUGUCACAACUGACACCCUAGAGACCAAGGAGCCGCUGGGCAAGCGAUUGAUCGAGGUGGAGAGGCAGAAUGCAGUCCUGCACACUGAGAAGGCCGUGCUGUUAUCCCAGCUGUCGCAGUCGCAGUCCACCUGUGCACAACUGCAGGAGCAGCUGGAUGCCGUGCGGCGACAGGCCAUCGUCCUGCAGGAGAACUGCACAAACCUGCAGGUUUUCAGCACGAAGCUGCAGACGGAGCAGGCGUCACUGAGCUCCCAGCAUGCAUCGCUCUGGUCCCGCUGCAGCGAGAGCGAGGCCCGUGUCGCCACCCUAGAGGCGGAGGCCAGGGUCUGGGCGAAGGACCGGGAGGAAGUGAUGCUGCGCGGCGAGGGCCUGAGGUGUGACCACGAGCGCCUGACCGCCCUGCAGCAGCGGCAGGAGGUUGAACUGGAGGUCCUGCUCUCCAAGCACAGCCAGCUGAAGGGCAGCAUGCGGAACCUUGAGGCUCAGCACCGGGAGCUGGAAGGACGGUACAAGGAGCUGCUGGACCGCAAGACCCUUCUGGAAGAGAGAGAGGAGGUCAUACGGGUGGAAAGAGAGAAGAUGGAAAAAGAGAGACAGGCGCAGGCCGAGAGGGUGAAAGAGGCAGAGAGGCUGAGAGAAGAGAAUGAGAGGCUACACAGCCAACAAAAGGAGUCUGGACAGGUGCAGUCAGAGCUGCUGUCCCAGGGCUCGGUCCUGCGGGGGGAGCUCAGUGCCGCGCAGCUGGAGCGGACCCGGCUGGAAGGAGAGCUCAGCCUGCUGAGGGAACAGAACCAGCAGCUGGACCUGGACAACACCCGCCUCACCAGCCAGUACCAGCUGCUGACCCAACUGAAGGGAAACCUGGAGGAAGAGACCCGGCAUCUGGUGGAGCAGAACCAGAGCCUGGCCCGAGAAAAUCGAGCGUUGCUGGAGCGGAGUCUGGAGAGCCGGGACCAGCACCACCAGCAGCAGAGGGAAUAUACCGACAAGUUGAACGAGUUGCGCCGAGAAAAACAAAAGCUGGUGGAGAAGAUAAUGGAUCAGUACCGAGUCCUGGAACCUUCUCUGCCGGUGCCCAACAAAGCCAAGAAGAGCAACUGGAUAGCAGACAGGAUGAAGAAGCUUAUUAAACCUCGUGCUGUGAAGGAGGUCAGAGAAGGCAGAGCUCAGUUCAUUGCUGCUGGGAGCAUGGAGAACCUGACCGAGAUCAGUGAAUGUUUACCAACUUCAGCCCAAGCGCCUGCUGUGGACCCCAUGAGUGCCCCUGGCUCCCCCAUGAUCCUGCGGGGGGCCCCUGGCGAGGCCGACGACCAGCCACGGGGAGUCGCUCGCUCAGCUCGCCGUAAGCUGGGCUCGCGGCACGGCUGGGGCCUGGGCCGGGGCGUCUCGCAGUCCUUCAGCCCCGGGGACCAGCACGUGGCCCUGCGUGAGCGCUUCCGCUCUCAGGGCACCGCUUCCAUCAUGUGGGAGGAGGGUGGCAGCUCAACACCCAGCCAGGAGAGCCUGAGCGAGGAGGGGAAAGGUGGGUCUGAGAUGUGCACUAUUAAACAUCAGCUCACCAACGCUAACCUUACAGGACACACUGAGAAAGUAGGCAUGGAGAACUUUGAACUCCUGAAGGUGCUUGGAACUGGAGCAUACGGGAAGGUGUUUCUGGUGAGGAAGAACAGCGGUCACGACAAAGGGAAGCUGUACGCCAUGAAGGUGCUGAAGAAGGCGGCCAUCAUCCAGAAGGCCAAGACGGCGGAGCACACGCGCACUGAGCGCCAGGUGCUGGAGCACAUCCGCCAGUCGCCCUUCCUGGUGACGCUGCACUAUGCCUUCCAGACGCAGGCCAAGCUGCACCUCAUCCUAGAUUAUGUCAGCGGUGGAGAGAUGUUCACCCACCUGUAUCAGCGGGACCAGUUCACGGAGGAUGAGGUGCGAAUCUACAUCGGGGAAAUCAUCUUGGCCCUAGAGCAUCUGCAUAAGCUUGGCAUCAUCUACAGAGACAUCAAACUGGAAAACAUCUUGCUGGACAGUGAGGGACAUGUGGUUCUGACUGACUUUGGCCUGAGCAAAGAGUUCCUGGGGGAGGAAAAGGAGCGCACGUACUCGUUCUGUGGAACUAUCGAGUACAUGGCCCCAGAGAUCAUCAGGGGGAAGACUGGGCACGGCAAGUCUGUGGACUGGUGGAGUUUGGGGAUACUUAUGUUCGAGUUCCUGACGGGAGCGUCACCGUUCACCUUGGAGGGGGAGAGGAAUUCCCAGUCUGAGGUGUCCAGGCGGAUUCUGCACUGCGAACCCCCGUUCCCUCCGGAGAUCAGCCCCCUUGCCCGGGACCUCCUGCGCAAGCUGCUGGUGAAGGACCCCCGUAAGAGGCUGGGCUCCGGGCCCCGGGGCGCCGAAGAGAUCAAGGGACACCCCUUUUUCAAGGGACUGAACUGGGCAGACCUGUCUGAGAAGAAGGUGGCCACGCCCUUCCGUCCCGAGCUGAGGAAUGAGCUCGACGUCGGCAACUUCGCCGAGGAAUUCACAGGCAUGGAGCCCAUCUACUCCCCAGCCAGCACCCCCCCGAGCACGGACAGGCUCUUCCAGGGAUACUCGUUCAUUGCUCCGUCUAUUCUGUUCAACCGCAACGCUGUGAUGGGGGACAUUCUGGAGGCCCAGACGAGCCCCGACCGGCCUGGUUCUGCCAGCGUGGAACGUAGUGCUACACUGAAGGAGUCCCAGUUCUUUCAGCAGUACGAGCUCUGCCUGCAGGAGGUGCCGUUGGGCGAAGGCAGCUUCUCUGUGUGCAGAAAAUGCCGACACAAGCAGACCGGGCAGGAAUACGCCGUUAAGAUAGUGAGCCGAAGGAUGGAGUCUAACACCCAGCGAGAGAUAGCAGCCCUGCGGCAGUGUGAGGGCCACCCCAACAUCGUCAAGCUGCAUGACGUCUUCCACGACCAGUACCACAUGUACUUGGUGAUGGAGUUGCUGCGGGGGGGCGAGCUGCUGGAGCGGAUUAAGAGGAAGAAGCUGUUUGGGGAGGGCGAGGCCAGCCAGCUGAUGCGGAACCUGGUGUCGGCCGUCAGCUUCAUGCAUGACGCUGGAGUCGUCCACCGCGACCUCAAGCCGGAGAACGUGCUGUUCGCGGACGAGGGCGAGGAUGCGGUCCUGAAGCUCAUCGACUUUGGCUUCGCGCGCCUCUGCCCGGCCGGCAGCGCCCCCCUGCAGACGCCCUGCUUUACGCUGCAGUACGCCGCCCCCGAGCUCUUCCACAGCACCGGCUACGACCAGGCCUGCGACCUCUGGAGCCUCGGGGUCAUCCUGUACACCAUGCUAUCUGGGCAGGUGCCCUUCCAGAGCGAGCUGAAAAGGAUGCCGCUGUCGCACGUCGCUGACAUCAUGCGCAAAAUAAAGGAGGGGGACUUCUCACUGGAGGGGGAGGCCUGGAGGAGAGUGUCCGAGGAGGCCAAAGAGCUGGUCAGAGGCCUGCUGACUGUGGACCCUGAAAAGCGACUGAAGCUCUCUGCCCUGCGGGAGAAUGAGUGGCUGCAGGGUGGGGGGGCGCUCUCCUCCACACCCCUGCGCACCCCCGACGUGCUGGAAUCCAGCGGCCCUACCGUCCGCACCUACGUCAACGCCACCUUCAAGGCCUUCAAUAAGGGCAAGCGUGAGGGCUUCUUCUUGAAGAGUGUGGACAACGCUCCCCUGGCCAAGCGCCGCAAGAUGAAGAUGACCAGCACGGGUGUGGAGACGCGACGCAGCUCCUCCUCGUCGUCCUCCUCCUCUUCGUCCUCCACUGCGGUUCCACAGGCCCCAACUGUGGGAACCAGCAAGACACGAGUGGCUCCCGCCGGCUCAGAGCCCACGGCCCAGAGCUAGGAGUAGGAACCUGCUGACAUCCCCCCACCCCAAAGGCUGUUCCAGGAUCAGCUCACCCAACCCAACACAUACAGAGUGAUUUUGUGCAGGAAUGGAGGAGCACUGAUCCUGGACCAGGGCCUGGUGGUGGCCACCCAGGGCAUGAACAAACUGGGCUGCUUUUCCCCAGGAUGAAACCAUAAAGAGGAUGGAGGAGCAGCCACUUGAAGACCCAGCAGAGAGACAGAGGGCUGCUGGAUUUUGUGGGGGGGGGGGGGGACUCAGUUCAGCACUUCCUGGCCGUCUGUCCCGUGCCCUCAGGGGUGACGAUCCUAGGGCCCACAGGCAGUACGGUUGUUUCAGAACCACAGAUCUUCAGGGCUGGGAGGGGGUUGUAUUUUACACACUGGUAGAUGGCGAAUAGGGGCACCUUGUUUUGUAGUGUCUCCCCCCCCCGCCCCCCCCCAGGAUGACGGAUUUGGUUCUCCCUCCUAUAUCAAUCUUGGAUUUUGACCCCCUACUCGCUUGUUUUGGUAUAAUGCCCCCCCUCCCCACCCCCAUCUCAUUUCACAGCCUCCAGUGCAGUCCUCAGCAGAGCAUGUUUACAAAGGUCUGAGUGACCCGUUUGUCUCGAAAUCGCCCAUUGCUGCCCAAACUUUGAGUCAGAGGGCGCCCCCCCAGAGCCCUGGUGACCGCAGGGCCGGGCCGGGGGUUCAGUCAGCAGACGACGGGUCUCCUAGGAAGGAGAGCUCCUCACGGACUCACAUGGUAGUCUCUCCGCAGCCUUGAGACUCUCUUCCAACCAAGAAACCAAAAUUUACUGUAUGAGUAUUGCAAGCACAGGGGAAAAAAAAGAAAGUAUUUUAGUCCUUACAAAUCAAGUAUUCAGAACAUGAAAAGUAUCCUUAUGGCACUAAAGUUGUCUUUUUGAAUAUAGAUGGAUUUUUAUAUACAAAUUUGAUACGUUCUUUGUUUUUUUUUCUUGAACCUCAUUUUGAGCCGACGGAUGGCUGUGAGCCAUCACUUUGAGCUGAUUGGAGUUCAGUCGUAGUGCUUAACUACUAAAGACCCAAGAAACCCAAGAACAAAAAAAGGAGAUGUGCCAGAAGAGUCAGGUCGCCCAUCCUGCGGGGUCAGGGGUCAGGGAAUGACCAAUGCACUGAUACACCAAUGCAUUUGAAAAACACUUUUCAUUCAUCUUUUGGUCUGAAAAACUGAUUUAUUCAUUCUUUAAAACUUGCAAUACAGCUUUAAUCGCUUAGAUGACUUUUUUUUUUACUUAUUGAUUUUGUUUUUCACUUUUUGUAUUUGUAUCUGUUUCGAUUACCCUGCCUGCCGGAGUAGUGGGUUACCCACCUGACUUUUCAGACGUGGUUGCUGAUCAUGUGACCUGCCCUGUAAGCAGGUUUUGGGGUGAACGUGGUGUCCAUCACUGUAGCCUUUGACACACAUUGCUCUCGCCACAAAGUACCACUGCAGCGGGAGGCCACCGCUUUGCAGUUUUCCUGUCAUGCUUUAUAUAACUGUUGUCGGUUUAUACAUGUGCAAAAAUCCUGCUCCAAUUGAAUGUAUCCAGUUUUAUUACAUUGCUUCUUUCAUUUGGUUGGAGUUACUGCUGUCGUCUUCAGCGAUUGUUUUUAAGUUUAAUUUUCAUUUUAAAUGGGCUUCUAAAUGUUUUAUAAUUUGCAGGAAAGGUAAACAAUGCUGAUUGUUUGCACAGCCAAAAAAAAGUUUGUGAAAAUGACAUGAUGAUGGAUUGAACUGAUAAAGAUGUUAAUGCGUUUGUUAUUUUGCAUAAAGAUGUUUUAAAAUCUGAACUAUUAUGUCAAGUUAAUUUUACCGGACUGAUGGUAUUUCUGUAUAAAGAAUUUUAACCAAAAAAGGGAAAAGAAAUGAAUAAACUUGGGAAUUUUUAUUUAAUAAAGUUCACUGAACCAUU